UUGUCUGUUUUUAAUGCUGUAUCUUGUCUGUUUUUAAUGCUACAUCUUCUCUAUUUGUUUCAAGUGAUCUGCUGUUUGAUCUGUGUGAAGGUUGGUGUUGCUAAUCCAGGUGAUGAGGAUGUCUGAGAGGAACAUGGCAAAUCCAUAUAGCUCUUUCAUCAGACAGCAGUCCCUCUGGAUCUACCUGACCACCAGCCACACCACCAGACUACCUGUUCCCUAGUAACACACUGUAACAGACUGUAGAAACAACAUGGACACAGCUCUGAUGUUUACUCUGGAGGAGCGACAGUCUCUGGCUAUGUCAGCAUCACCAGGCAGGACCUUCUCACCACAAACACAGCCAACGGCACAGGCACAGGUACAGCAACAGACACAACCACACACACACACACACCAGUCCUCCUCAGACUGUGCUCCAGAGUCUUCUCAUGAUGACGACAGCUCCACAGAGAACAGUGAGGAUGUCUGUCUGCCAGGACCUCUAAGCCUGGAGCUGUCAAAACUGGAACUAGACAACCAGGACACACCCCAGCAGGACAGGGAGGCUGGUAGUGAAUAUAACAGUACUGGAGCUCCUGGGAUAGAGGGAGAUCAAGCUGUUAGUACUGGAGGUCCAGGAGGGCCAGCAGAGUCUGGUUCUGAUGUCUCCCCUCCUGACCCUCUAGACCCUCUCCAGAUCGUCUGUCUCGCGGGUCUCCUCGGUGAGCCAGGCAGUGUCACAUCACCAUCGCCUGAUGAUGCCAAUAACAAUGGAUUGGAUUUACACAGCACUUCUCCAGGAGCAGCUGAGGACCACUGCCUAGCCUCCAAUGUUCCUUUUCCUAGGAUAGAGGGAGAUGUGGAUGUUCUUGCUCCUAGGAUAGAGGGAAACCUGGAAGUUGAGGACAGUAACAGACGUGUAGAAUCAGGACAUACCCUGGAUGCUAACCUCUCUGGUCAGCUAGAGGACAUGGAGCUGGGACAUACCUCACCCAGGCAGACAGAGACCAACAUGGAGCUGGGCCAUACCUCACCCAGGCAGACAGAGACAGACAGGGAGCUAGAGGAGGAGUCACCCAGGUGGACAGAGACAGACAGCCACCCUGAGGACUACUCAGAGGGGCCUGUGGAGAACGGACAAGUCCCUACUGAUCUGGAACACACAGAAGACAACCAUGUCCCCGUCCCUCUAGUCCCAACAGAGAAUGGACAUAUCCCUACCCUUCUGGUCCAAUCAGAGACAGAGGUCAGCCACGUCACUAUCUCUGUGGUCCAAUCAGAGGCUUUUAGCUCCGUCCCUUCUCUAGUGGUCAGUGUAGACAACAACAUGGAUCCCUUCAGACCUCCCUCCCUCACCCUGGCCCUCUCUGAGGUCCACUUGGCAGAGCUAGGCCUCUGCGAUCACCCCUGCAUUAUCAAACACAAACCUAGCUCCAUCACCUUCUCAGACUCCACCUGUCACUCUAGCACCGACCACAUCGUCUUCAUCAACAACAGCUCUGACUGCAGGGAGUCUUCCUCAGAGAAGGAUGACGAAGGUGAUGAUGAUGAAGAUGGGGAUGAUGAGGACACAUUCCCAGAGCUGCUUCAGAGCAGGGAGUUCCUGGUCAGUCGGAGGAGAAGGAGCAACAACAGAGACAACGUAGUUAAGGAGAGAGGAUCUAUGAGUCCCCAGGCUGAGGCACCAGUCAGCUCUACAACCAACACUACAAACAGCUCCCACCUCUCCUCCUCCUCCAAAAACCAUAACCACAGCGGCUGCGAGGCAGAGACUGAGACCAGCAUCACAGAGGAGUGUCCCCUGGUCCAGCCUCAGACCCCGUGGUGUGAGUCUAUGAGCCAGCUGAUGAGGAAACUGGACCAGCUCAAGCUGGACAUAGAGGAGGCUCUGAGUGCAUCAUCCUCCCCCUCGGACACACCCUGCACCUCACGCAGACAACAGUAUGGAGCUGUGUCUGGGACGGCAGUAAACCAAUCUCUUAACGAGGAGGACAGUACACUGCUGCAGCGAGGGGAACCAGAUACAGGAGAAUGUCCCAGACAGGACCAACACAAGACCUUGGCCCGUCGUAGCUCAGCCGAAGGAACCAGAGCCAGGACCAAGAAGACAGUCGUAAGUUCCUUUCAGAGUCUCCCUCCUCCUCUCGACUCCUGCGUGCUCUGUGCCUGUCUGUCUGGGUGAAACCAUGUGGUGUAGAUAUCAUCAGAUAACUCUCACUUUAUAUACAGUUCCUUCAGAAAGUAUUCAUACUCCUUGACUUAUUUCACAUUUU